AUGAAGAUAGAUCCUAGCCACGAUCGCUCUCCAAAACCCGGUUCGGAGGGAAGAGAAAAAGAGACGCAGAAUGUAGCAGGUGCCCUUUUUGCUCCUUCCUUGACCGAUAAUCGUGUUAUCGACGGCGGAAUGUCGUCUGAGAAGACAGUCUUCCUGGCGCUGGCGCCCCCUGCGGGGUUCAUCAGGCGAGGUUGCCCUGAAAGGCAUUGCAUCGCGCCGCGCCGCGCCGCCUCGGAAUGGCGGCCGCGCGAGACCCAUUUGGCGACCCGUCCAAAUGCAGCACGACGUACGCAUUACCGCGAACACAAGCAUCCUCAACGAGACCGCUACUGCGUGCGUGCGUGCGCGCGCGUGUUCUCGGGAACCAGCAACUCGAGCAUCGAAGUUGAGAGGCCACAGGUGGAGGAAUAG